AUGCCUACUUAUGCUAAAUUUAUCAAGGAUAUUAUCACCAAGAAGAGGAGAUUUGAGGAUCAAGAGGUUAUGACGGUUAAUUCAUGUCGUAGUGCUAUAAUUCAAAGAACUCUCCCCAAGAAAGAAAGUGAUCCGGGAAAAGUAACUCUAUUGGUGACCAUUGGCGAUGUCUAUGUCGGUAAGGGGUUGAUUGAUUUGGGUUCGAGCAUUAAUUUUAUUCCUUUGUCUCUAGUAAAAAGAUUGGGAAAUAUUGAGUUGAAAUCUACAAGGAUGACUUUACAACUUGCCGACAAGUCCACCACUCAUCCUAUUGGGAUUGUGGAAGAUUUGUUAGUUAAGGUUGAUAAGUUCUUUUUCCCGGUCGAUUUUGUGGUAAUUGAGAUGGAGGAGGAUUAUGACACACCUUUAAUAAUUGGAAGACCUUUCAUGAAAACCUCUCGGAUGAUGAUCGAUAUCGAUGACAGUCUAAUGAAAUUUAGAGUUUUAGAUGAGGAAGUGUGUUUUAAUCUCUUUGAAGCAAUGAAGCAUACUAAGGAUAAAAGUGAUUGUUUUUAA